CGGCACUUCAGCGCGGUGCCUCCUGUACAGUAUCAGCGCCGGUACCAGCACACCCACCAGACAUUGCCGCUUGCAGCAAGUACCUACCCACUGCCUGGAAUUGGAGUUUGGCUGAGACAACCUUGAAAGGUGGACAAGAGUCGAACGAGGAUCAUCACCGAGCCAGGCUCAACGCUUCCCCAGCUUGUCACGGGCAUAGACUCCGAUCCCCCAGAACCCCGCAGAAUGACGCCUCACCUUUGCGCUUUCGACGACCAUUCGUGAACAUGUGGUCGUCCUCUGGGAGCGGCAAGAAGCCGGCCAAUUCACCGCAGGAGAUGGUCCAGGUCGGUACAUCAGCUUCGCCGUUCUGGAGACCGCCGUUACGAGACGGCGGCGGUCUUAGGAGGAGCGUUACGAACCCGGCAGGUCGAGAGGGCUCUGGUCUAGUCGUUGGUGCGGCGUAUUCCCAUGCGGACUCACUUAAGUUCGAUUCGUUGUAUGUUACCCGCGUGUUGACAGACCGUCCCCAUUUCGCAUCACUGACUUUAGGGUCAAGGAACCUCUCCAGCUCUUCUUCGCCUCGCUCAGUGGCCUCUACCUCCCCGCCGUUUAAGAGCUAUAUCAACUUCCUGUCGAAUACCAAUGAUGAUUGGAAGGCCGACGAAGAUGAGAUGCUGGGGUAUGAAGACGACGAUGGGGAUGACUUUGGGCUCCCUAGCCUCUCCAACAUGAAGAGAAGGUCGAAGCGAAUAGCUACCCAAAACAACAGAUCGGAACCAUACCAGGAAUCUCUGUCUCCUGUGGGCGGCGGUUCCUUUGGCAGAAUCCAGGCUCGGCGGUAUUCAAACAGCGCAGAUAUCGCAGCUGAGCGUCCGGCGUCAACGUAUCCAAUGCCCAAGAAAAGCGAGGGCAAGAUUCUCCGACCACAAUACAAAGAUAUUUUGAAGGAUCCCGCAAAUGCGCUUCAUUUAAUUAGCUACCCCUCUAUACCCAGCAGUGCACCGCAGAAAGAAGCUGACGCCAUCAAUUCGCGAAUAACGCGGAUAAACAAGUUCAAGCGGCUGCUACAGGCAUCUUCAAUAUCGCUCCCUGAUCUUCGCUCACUAGCCUGGUCGGGCGUACCGCACGAGGUCCGCGCAAUGACCUGGCAACUCCUCCUUAGCUAUCUCCCUACGAAUAGUGAGCGGCGCGUUGCGACCCUAGAGAGGAAGCGGAAGGAGUAUUUGGACGGCGUCAAGCAGGCGUUUGAAAGAGGGGGGACAACAGCCAGCAGCUCUUCCGCCGGAAAAGCCAGGGGCUUGGAUGAAGCUGUCUGGCAUCAGAUCAGCAUCGACAUACCCAGGACGAAUCCUCACAUUGAGCUCUAUAGCUAUGAGGCGACACAGAGAUCGCUGGAACGCAUCCUCUAUGUUUGGGCCGUCAGGCAUCCUGCCAGCGGAUACGUGCAGGGUAUCAACGAUCUAGUCACGCCAUUCUGGGAAGUGUUCCUGGGGCUCUACAUCACCGAUCCGGAUAUCGAGACGGGCAUGGAUCCCGGCCAACUGCCCAAGUCCGUCUUGGAUGCUGUGGAAGCAGACUCAUUCUGGUGUCUCACCAAGCUGCUUGACGGCAUUCAAGAUCACUACAUUGUUGCUCAACCGGGUAUUCAGAGACAGGUAGCUGCAUUGCGGGACCUCACUGCCAGGAUUGACUCCAACCUAUCAAAGCAUCUUGAGCAAGAAGGCGUCGAGUUCAUACAGUUUAGUUUUCGGUGGAUGAACUGUCUUCUUAUGCGCGAAAUCAGCGUCAAGAACACAAUCCGCAUGUGGGAUACAUAUCUCGCCGAAGAACAAGGCUUUUCGGAAUUCCAUCUAUACGUUUGCGCUGCGCUCCUCGUAAAGUGGUCUGAUAAACUAGUCAAGAUGGAUUUCCAGGAGGUCAUGAUGUUUUUACAGAGUCUUCCAACGAAGUCGUGGACGGAAAAGGACAUUGAGCUCCUCCUCAGCGAAGCUUUCAUCUGGCAGAGCCUCUACAAGGGCUCUGCUGCUCACCUGAAGGGCCAGCCGCAGCGUCCCUUGCUUGGGAAUCUCCAGUUAUAGCGUGAAAUAAUAGCAUAUUUGCGAAGCAGUAGAGAAAUAGUAAUUCAUCCGCCA